AUGGCAGCGCCUCAGACGUACCACUCUCUACCCGAUCCCGAUCCCGAUCCCCGCCAGACAACUGUAAAACGGCCACUGAGAGACUACUACUUGCUCGCGGCGACAACGCGAAGUCACUUGUUGGCGGGCAACCUGCUGGUUGUAAUGCUCCUGCUGACGGCAACGGGCAUAGCGGCGCGCCGCCUGGCCCAUCGCCGCCUCAUCAUCCACGUGCCGGUCAAGACGAAGACACACCAUCACACCCACACCGUCUACAAGGUGGUCCAUGCCCACGGCGGAGGAGGCGGAGGACACGGUGGCAUCAAGCAGACGGUGUACAAGGUGAUGGGCUUCGCCUCGAACGGAGCAGAGCGGAAUGGCAACGGGAUGUCCAAGGGCUUGGGAGGAGGAGGCGGAGGAGGAGGAGCCAGCGGAGGUGGAGGAAACGGAGGAUCUGUUGGCUAUGGCAGCUACGACCUGGGUGGAAUGGGCAGGGGCAAGGGACACGGCGAAAUCACGUACGAGGAUAUGCACGACUGCGAAAGCGGAAAGGUGGCUCCGGCGACCAGGGACAUGAUUUUCAAUCAUUACUCGCGCCAUGGCGAGACCGGUGGCUCCGUGGAGGAUUACGCCGAGGAGAUGGACGACUUCAUAGACCUAAGGGAUGCCUACUUGUGA